GAGUGUUAAUGUUAUUGUUAGGUACUUUUUGUUUUCGUGUUCAAUACGGUGGUCGUGUGAUAUUCAUACGGAAUACCCACCGAACGUAACAUGUGUACACCCACCCACCACGCACCGGAACAUUAUCCACCGGAACAACCCAAUCUAAACCCAUAUCUGGCCUUUCAUGAAGCGAAGAAAUUCCAGUCGUCAGCGGACAAAUGGCUGCACAAUUAAUGGUGGUCAGAUGGAAUAGCAUGGACCAUUUAAGUUAGUGGAAAGUAUCAGUAACAACCAUGCCUAAGUCACCCUUUAAAAAGAAGCAUGUGAAGUUUGCCACUGAGGACGAUUAUUUAGCCAUCGACGGAUCAUCCAAUAAAUCAAAUGGAGAAUCGAGUGAGUCAAGCCUACAGUCACAAAAUCAGUUGCAAACAUCUGAGAACCAACGUGGCAAGGCAGAGACUCACCACAAUUUACGCAGCAGGCCGCCCGGUUCCCAGACUUCUGAUAUUGAAAUCAUUGUUGAGAAUGAGGAUGGUGUGAUGCAACCACGCUAUCACCACAAUCACCAAGAUGGCACAUCAGAACACUGCAGUGGAUGUCACAUGUUAGGUCAGACUACUAAACAUCGAGAAAUCGUUACGGAUGAUCUCUCCGAUGACAAUGAUGAGGAGAGUUGUGGAUACAGCCCUCAGCAAGGCCCUCACAUCAUCUUGAUGACCAUCCUGUGUAUUCCAUUUGUGUUUGUGGUUGCGUUAGUUGUGGCAGGGUAUCUGGGGGUGUUAACCUGGUACAACAUCUUCCUUUAUUACUACGAUGAGAGAGGAUGGAUCCACCGCAUCGUCAUCUGCCCUCUUCUCAUCCUGUCCUUUCCACCGGUCAUCUUGGUUGCCGCUCUCUGCAUCGCUGUGUACUCCUCCUUCAAUCAGAUCUCGUGGUACAUGACCUCCUGGAGGACAUCAGUGACCGACUUGGAGAAAGGAUUUUACGCAUGGUUGUGUUUUCGAAUCGGACUCCAAGAAUGUGCUCCGUAUGAGGUGAUAACGUUGGAUGAUGAGGAAGAAGAUGGAUUCGGGAGGACAGUGUCUCAUGCUGUCAGUGCUAUGUGAUGUAUUCAGGGCAAACAUGUCUUAUAAGCCAUUGAGCAGAAUAUGUUGCUAAGCAAAUAUCUGCUUUACAGCCCUUAAAGGGGCAUAUUGCCUUGGAUCGGGCGAGUUGGUCCUUGAAAAGCAUUUGAAACCGCUUAUUAUAUACGGUUGGAAA